UGACUUGGUUAUUUUUUUUUGUUAAGCCAACAUUGAUUUUUUGUUAAGCAGUUUCCGAAGAAGCAGCAGUUGAAUGCAUUCCUCAUCCUGAGAAUGGGCCUAAAGGACUUGAUAAGUUGGCGAAUGCUGAUGAGAGUGAACUUGAGCCAUCAAGCAUCUCUGAAGCCAAGCCAUCAUUAGUUGAAGUUGGAGAGCCAGAAUCUGUUUCAUCAACCAACGAUUCUCAGUCUGUGAUCACUAUUCAUGACAGUGAAGAUAUAGCCAGCACACGCUCAGGAAAUCUGGAAGGGGAUGUAGAAGAAGAUUUAAACGGAGAAAUGGAGGUGUUUGAGCCCCGUGAUUUUAUGGCUGUGGAAGAACCUUCUGUGCCCGCACUGUCUCACAGUGUAGAAGUUCACUUACUUCAAGAGAAAGAUGUUGAGAUUCAAGUGGCAGAGAGAGAACAUGAAGUGAUUAACUACCAGGAGUUAUAUCCAGCUGCACCUAUAGAGGUUGCCUACGAGGACAAUAUGGUGCAUAAGUAUAAUAGCGAAUUAACUGAAUGUACCGAUUCCGCAGAGCAUGAGUUGGAUGAUGCUGAAGGAGAGCAUUUUGCAGAGCAGAAUAAUUUUACACUAGUGCUUGAAGGAGAUGGUGGUGAUGAGGAUGCAGAAGACAUGCAGCCUUGCAAUGAAGAUCGUGUUGAGCCUUUAACAGUGGAAGAACAUACCUAUGUUACCUCUGCAUUGAGUAAAUAUGUUGAUAUUUGUGAGCCUAACCAUGGUGUGGAGGUUUCUUUUGGAGGCACUGAACAGGGUACUAGCGUAAUGGAGGAAAUACCAUAUGUUCCUGAGAAUGUUACUGUUGCAAUUACAGAAAACUUGAUUGCUGUCAUCAAAGACACAGAAAGUAAAAACUUUACGGAAGAAAGUAACAGUCAAAAAGAAACAAAGGAGGAUGAGUAUUUGCAGGCUUCCUCCAAGACUCCUGUUAAGGUUAUGAAGCUAGCAAUCCCUGAGGAUAAACAAAUGGGGGAGCCAACAACACUGAAGGAAUUAGAUGAGCUGAAUGAUGGACGAAGUUCCCCAGGUUUACAAACUGUGUUAAAACCGCCAACCCCACGUCGCAGUAUUAGGAAAUCUUCUAGGUUUACUGAAAGUACCAAUGUUGAUUCUGGGGAGCUGUCCCUCCCAACAACUCCCAGGAGAGGAAAAAAGGCCAAAGAAAAUAUAGAGAAUCAAAAUAAUGUCUAUUCUACUUUACAAGAAGAAGAGAUGCCCAUAAGUAUCAGAAUAACCAGAAAGACCAAAAAUACUGUGUCAGAAAAAAAUGAAAGUACGGUUAUGGUGGAGACGACUGCUGAGGAAAGUUUGCCAAGGCAGCCUUCCACUCCAACCAGGACACGCAGAGGGAAGUUGACAGCACAGGAAGAACAAGAAAACAUGGACACUGAUUUGGAUCAAAAAGCUGCUAUGCCUCAGACUCCUACAAGAAUCACGCGGUCUAGAAAUAUUGUACUUGAAAAGAUAACGUCAAGCCAAAAAGAAGAAACCGAUGAGCCUGAACCCCUGGCUACAACUCCUACCAGAGGCAGACGGGGUAAACGUGUUGUCAAUGAGCUGGUCAAGCAUUUUGAGCUGAAUGCCUCUCAGCCAGACAGUAAACCAAGCACCAGUCCACCAGCUUCUCCAAAGAAGGUGUCUAUGAGAUGGGCCAGAAAUAAAUUUGAAAAUAAAACCACUGAGGAGGAAAGUGUGAAAGUUGCUGAGCAAACUUCAGAUACUCCUAGGAAAAAGCCGAGAAAAUCUACCAUAAAUAAAUCAAAUGUGGAAGAGGUAACGGGUGUUUCUGAAGAAUGCAUUGCUGAUGGAGGUCAGGACUCUUUAGUUACUGUAGACUCAACAAAGAAAGCCAACGCGACUAUCAAUGUAAGACGUGGUAGAAAAAGUGUGCUUCCUCCUGUGUCAGAAGAAAGCUUGGAAGAACGAUUACAGUUGCCUGAAAGCCAAGACAAGCCUGGUGAUGAAAAAGACCUAACUCGCAUAACAAGGACUAGAUCUAGUAAUGUACUUCCACAUCCAGAUGAAUUCACUGUUAAUUUUGAAUUCUCCACGCCUACAACAAAACAAAAAAAGAAAACAAAAGCUCAACAAGCAGCUCUCCCUGUGUCUCCUGAGGAAAUGGUAGCUCAUACCUCUUCUCAAUUUGUCUUCUCACCGCCCUCCACAAGGACAAGAAGAGCAACAAGGUCUUCUGUUGCCGGACCUGUAAAAAAUGAGGAUGUAAAACCUCAAGAACCACAAGAAACACAAGAUGUCCCUGUAGAACCUGUUAUAAGAAGACCCAAAGGCCGACCUCCAAAACACAAAAAAAAGGAGAGCACAUCAAAAGAACCAACCUGGUCUCCUCCACCAGUAGAAAUUCAACUGCUUUCCCCACCAGAAAGCCCAGCUGGUGAUGUGGCUGAUACAAAGACUGUGCCAGUUGAAACAAAAGCAGAAAAAAAUACUUUGAGGCGAAACAGAAGAAGAAUUAUGUCAAAACCAGUCACACGUAGAAAGCUGCGAUGAUUGUAUCCCCCACCCCCGGCGUGUUUUUAUUGUUUAUGUACACAGCGGUUUAUAAAGAGGAUAAAGUACUGUGGAAUGUUGAAUCAAAUUGGUCUGAAAGAGAAUAAUUUAUAUAAAUGUAUUGUAAAUGUUCUUAAAAUAUCAGAUUGAUUUCACUCCAUGUAGAGUGAAACUUUCUUCCCAUGACUUUUUUUCUCCCUAUUUUGUAUUAAGGCUUAAUACAUUUAUAAAAAAAAUAUGUAACUAUGACUUUCAGGAAUGUUAAAUAAAAAUAAUCCUUCUCAAUAUCUGUUUUUUAAGGAAAUAAAAUGUGAUUUUGUAGUUCAUAAA